AGCUGAAACCCCCGGGGUCGGCGGAACGUCCCGGACCCGGAGGGCGGUUCCAGUGCCCGCGGCCCAACGCGCGGCCCCCAGCCGGGCGGCAGGUGCGCGGCUGCUCCAACCCGGGACCCUCCGCGGAGCGCAGAGCCUCGGCGCAGGAGCCCGGAACCAGCCCCUCUUCUGACAACGGUCAGCUGCGGCCGCCAGCAGCCUGCCCCUGCCCCCUGCCCAGGUGUGUCACCGCGCUGCCUCUCAGCAGGGCCGAGGGCCAGAGGAAGGCAUGUCCAACAACAGCACCGCCAGCAUCUCGCAGGCCCGCAAGGCCGUAGAGCAGCUCAAAAUGGAAGCAUGCAUGGACCGCGUCAAGGUGUCCCAGGCUGCCGCAGAUCUCCUGGCGUACUGUGAGGCCCACAUCCGGGAGGACCCUCUCAUCGUCCCUGUGCCCGCGUCAGAGAACCCAUUCCGGGAGAAGAAGUUCUUCUGCACCAUCCUCUGACUCUGUCUGCGAUGAGACGCCUCCUUUUCCGGAAUGUCCCGUGGGGACCCGCAUGUGCAUAGCUUUCCCCCUCUGUCCCUGCCUGUCCCUGCCCAGCCACGAUCAUGGGAGUUGGUUUCAUCCAUCCUUUGGUUUUCUUCAUUACACUAAUUUCACUUCU